GUUUCUUAUGGGAUUGUUAGAUAUUUGAGACAAAGACUCAUAUAUGUCGCAAUAUCGAAAUUUGAAUCUCUUUGGUGUCGCCAAAGUAGCUACAUUAGAGCAAUGUCGACAGUAGAUGUGCAUGCAGCUAGUCCUCAUGCAAUUUUGGGAAUAAUAAUCUUUACGGUUACGGCAUUUCAAAUUGCAUUAGGGUUAUUGGCGAUUUGGGGUUGGCUAAUGUCGAAUCAGCAGCUAUUAGGUCGUUCGUCAUUUAAAACAUUUAUGUUUUUAUUAGGGGGUUAUUAUAUUUGUAGCUGUAUG